GACUUGCGAGAGGUUUUCGGUGACAAGUUCAAUGGAAUGCCAGUCGAGGACAUCCUGCAACAAGUGGACUACAAGCGCGCUGGUGUGAUCGAUUAUGACGAGUUCGUGCAAGCGGUCAUGGAACUUGGUCCUGAUGGUGGUAGCCCAUCAGACAGUCCUGAGGAUAACAUUCGCAAGAGGAUCUCGCGCGCGUACGAGUUCACCUCCGUCGGCCGCAAGACCCGGAAAGGUCGCAAGAUCAUCCCCAAGAAGCCGGGUCUGAUCUACAAGCCCUCACAGAAAUUCCACGCG